UCAAUAUUACUUGCUCAGCUGCAUACUCUAUUUUCAGCUAAGUCACAACUCGAUCCGCUCAUUCGACUGAUUACGCCUCAUUCAUCUCUCUUCCGAGCGUUUCCUAGUGAUCACGACUGGUUCGCACGCAUCGACGAUUCUGCUCACCUCGCAUCCCAGUGUAGCGAUGGCGCGCACCUGUGGAGCUCCCACCACUCUAGCGCUCGUCACCUUGGCCCUCACACUUCUUCUGGCGACACAAGCAACUGAAGCAAGGUGGUUUCUCCCCAGCGGUUUCCCAACCAACCGCCUUCCGACCAUCCCCAAACCAGCCCAAGCAGCGGAAGCGGUGAAAGCGAACCUCUCAGCGGCCCUCAACUCUUCUCUCUCGGACCUCCAGUCCUCCCUUAGCGGCCAGAUCUCGUCUCUCGAUGCGGUCCUGAAGGGGCGACUCGAGCUGAUCGCAGCGAGUCUCAACGGCAACGCGUCAGCCGCAGACGCCGCGCUCCAAACGCAAAUAUCCGCGCUAAAAUCCAACCUCGCUGCUCUAAACGAAUCUCUCGCGAACGUGAACGCCGCACUGAAGGCGAACACAUCGGUAGCGACAGCAGCUGCAGCAAACAUCACCGCGACAGCUUUGAACUCUCAGAUCGCGGCGCUCAAAGCCAACAUUUCCGCCAUUAGAUCGAGCGUCGACACGCUCAACAAGGACCUAGCGGCCAUACUAGUCGGCUCGGGCGUCUCCAGUUCCGCUGGAGCGACUGCCUCCUCGACUCAAAGCGCAGCGCUGGUCCGCGCGCUGGUGAGGCAGCGGCUGUCGCAGCGAAUGGCGGGUGUGACGGAGACAGUCGCGGGGAUCAACGCGAACGUCUCCGCAGUCACUGGGAUGGUCAACGGCUUCGUGAGCGGCGUCUCGAACGGCGCACUUGCUAAUGGCGAGGCUGUGAACGGCGCACUUUCUAAUGGCGUGGCUGUUAACGGCGCGCUCCGUGUCCUGAACAGCUCGGUGAGCAACAACGCUUUGGGCAACGCUCUGAACAGCGCUUUGAACGGCGCUUUGAACGGCGGGCUGAACGGCGGGCUGAACGGCGCUUUGAACGGCGGUCUGAACGGCACAAUUACUGGCGCUGUGAACGGUGCGGUCGGUGCCCUCAACGGCUCUCUGGACAACGCCAUGGGUUCCCUGAACGGGUCUCUGAACGGCGCCCUGGGUUCCCUGAACGGGUCCCUGAACAACGCUUUGAACAGUGCCGUAAACAGAGUCUUUAACAGCAGCGUGGCGUCGGGAAUCUCGAAUCUGCUGCCCCAGCAGGCAGGCAUGCUGCGCGGAGUGCUGACGUCGUGCAAUGGCCUGCUGUCUCUCCAGGCUGGCGCUGCCGACAUCCAGAUCCUCAAGAUUGGCUCCAACUACCUGGUUACAUACUACCUCUACGCAGCAGGAGUGACUAAGGCACCAGACUCUCAGGCUAUCUACAAGGGCAGUGCCUGCAGCGCCGAUGCCACAGCAGCCCUGAACCUUCCUGGCACGUGGCAGCCCAUGAGCCCUGUCUCCUGGUCGCUGGCCAAUGUCGCGCUGGUGUCGGCUGCUGACGUGGCGGAUGUGCUGGCAUCGAUCCAAGGGGUCACCAAUGAUGACCUGUACCUGGGGGUUGCUGGAACCAAUGGGAUGCUUUCAGGAAAGCUCGUUGGUGGCAAUUUGUGAGCUGGUUGACAGGGAGAAUGUACAGUAGAUGGGUGAGAGACUACGGGAGGAUGAUGGUUGAGUGAACAUUACUGAUGCUCCUAGAUGCUGCCAGCAGUGCUUCUAAGGUACAUUAGGAAGUAGUCUAUGAUUGUUGAGCGAGAAAGCAUCUGUAAUGUUCCAACAACCUAUCAUCAGACAGGUACACUU